GCAACAACGACGAUUCCAUUAUCCACUGCACCACGCAUCUUGACCCUCACUCUCACUCUGCAAUUCCAGUCUGCCUCGUUUUGAGUGCACGCCGUCUCAAUUGCCCCUUGCCGUUGUUACUUUUUGCUUUGUUGCUUUGUUGCCCUCGUGCAGCGUCCCGGUCAGUUGGAACCUCGGGCGAUCAAGGCUUAUCGCAUAAUCGACUGAAUAGAGGGGCACUUCUCCCACCUCGACCAGCCCAUCGUCGUUUCAGUACCAACAGAAACACGCACCAAAGGAUUUCUUGCACGUCGACGUUUGUGUGUUGUCAGGCCGCAGCAGCGAGACACGCCCGAGCUUCGUCGGCACCCAAUCGUCAGUGGUAGGAGCGGGAGCCAUCACACCAAUUCGCCCUCCCUGUCCCUGUCACGCAGCCGUUCACAGUAUUCGCCCAACGCCUACCCGAGCUUCUUCGUGGCGACGACCCGACAAGGAAUAAAUAAGGCCCUCUGCACCUCUGGCGAGCAGUAGCUACUUUAUAUAACAGCACCCGCGACACGAUAACCUCGAUUCAUCAAUCAACCGCCAUCAUGAACCCCCACCAGCAGAACAAGGUGGACAUCAGUAAAAUGUCGGAGCAAGAGGCCAAACUCUUCCGUCUUUACGGCAAGCUCCCCAACAAGAAGGACUUGCUUCAGAACAAGCUCAAGGAGCGCAAGUACUUCGACAGCGGCGACUAUGCCCUCUCCAAGGCUGGAAAGGCUGGCGACGUCGGCGUCACCCAAGUUGGCCGUGAGCACCCCAACCCCGAGAAGAUUCCACACAUUGCGCCACCCACACCUACCGGACAAAACGGCAACGGCAACGGCCAUGUCAACGGAACCACCAACGGUCAAGGCGAGGUUGCCGGCAGCCCGGUCAAGGAACACACUUUCUUACACCGCGAGACCAGCCUGAACCGUGAGACAUCGGCUUCAGAUUUCGAGAACACCGAGGAGCCCCAAGCGACAGAAGGGGGUGCGGUCAAGGCAUAGCUGACAUACCCGUGUUGCUGAGCCCCUUACGCGCCUCCAUUUCCUUUGCACUCAUUGGCGCAACCUUGGAUGACGGUGCCCAAAAUGUAACUAUAACGCACCUUCGAACGGCCUAACCUCAAUCGUCUUUUGCGGAGUCGGAUGCGGCGUUCAGGAUAAGCCUUGAUGACGGCCCAACUCUUUGUUUCGGGACCACAGCGCCUAAUGGCCAAUAUUUCCUUGGGCAUGGAUCUGUCUGCACAAGUACAGUAUUCACUUCCUAUCUAGUACCUUUGACGAGUGGUUUUGGGUUGGGAAGCCGAACCUUGGUGUCUCCCAGGCUCCAUGUUUACGGCCUUGAGUAGAAUUUAUCAUAGCAAUAUGAUUUUGAAACGUCAAA